AGUAGGAUACCAACUCCGACGAGCCUUCUUUUGAUGCUCCUCUUGAUGCUCCUUUUGAUGCUCCUUUUGAUGCUCCUUUUGAUGCUCAGAGUGGGUGCCAACUUGUCCAAUAGUUGUACAGUCCCGGGGACCUUAUGUCUGUACUCGGCCAUCAAGUGCCGCGUACAAGAGAUUGCAAUCGUCUCUCAGGGAGACAUGGAGCGGUAAUAAGUCCAUCCGGGUUCAAACCUCCCUGGUACGUUAGUU